AUGGCGGCGUCGUGCGCCCUGCCUGCCGCAACAGGCGCUACCAUCCAAGCCACCGCGCUCACCUCUUCACGUGCCGCCGGCCCACAGCGUUCCUCUCCGCGUGUCGGCUUCCCAUUGCGGCGCCGCACCGCAACUAUCGCGCUGCGCUGUUCUGCAUCUUCGUUCCGUCGCGUCUCAUCUGCCUCAUCCCUCUCCACCUCCCCCUUCCGCCGUAUCUCCUCCGCCUCCUCCCUAUCCGCGUUGUCCUCAUCCUCUUCUCUCUCCACCUACACAGCUUUAAACGUCGCUCCUCUCUCCUAUGCCCGCUCGCACAGACCCUUCCUCACCUCUCCUCGCCGGAAACUCCAGGGAGCGCGUUUCUUGACCGUACGCGCUGCGGCCAAAUCCGGGGUGACUAAUACCGGAGGUGCGACGGAGCAAUCGCCCAAGGCACUCCAACGGCAGGGGUCGCUGGGCGUGUGCGACGAGAAACCGUCGCCGCAGUCGUCGCUGACCAUCGAACGGCAGGGAUCUCUCCCGGUACCCACAGAUGAAACCGACACUCUACCUCCGCCGUCCGUGGCCCCCAUCUCUGUUCCCGAGCCGCUCGACGAGGGCCUCAUCGAGCCGUCGAGCCCUCGCGCCUCGGAGACAGGCGUGGACCGCAUCGAGUCGCAGGCGCGAACGACGCUCUCAAAGCUUAAGCACAUUCUUUAUAAGAUCAAGACACGUGCUGCCGACGUUCAAACGUCUGUAACGGUCUAUCCUCCUUCAGCGGGAGAUGCGGCGGGUAUUCCCGGUGCUGUUGCCGGGAAUACUGAUAGUGUAUCAGACACCAGAGAAAACGAGUUACAAUUUGAUGGCGACGCGAACGGAGGUAAGGUGGAGGAGGAACAGCUAGUCUUCGUUUCGCAGCAGAUCAAACUCGACCUUGGGAGCAUCCCGUCCGUUGAUCUAGACGUUCCGAUUGACAUCGACGCAUCCUCGCCGUCGGAAGUAUCGUCGGUCCCUCUCUCUCCCUCGUCCUUCUCAGCCCAGAGCCUUUCCACCCUUUUCUCGGGUUUCUCUCCUUCCGAAAGUCCCGCCGCAAUUCCCGCGAGCGAGCAGCAGCUCGACGUGCAGCAGAUGGACGCGCUGACGUGUACUCGCGCCUCGAUUCGAUUUGACGAGGAAACGCAAACGGCAAUAGUCACUGUAACGGCGUCCGUCCGAGCCGCGGACCUGGUGGACCGUGCCGCGUACACGGAGCGCACUAUGGCCAUGGCGACGCGCGCCAUAGCGCGUACGUGCCUCGUGCUGGACCAAAAGGCGCAGCGCAAAGCAGCAGAAGCCGUCUCGUCAGCAUCCCAGCCGCCACUGUCGCCGGCGGCAGCUGCAACCUCAGUAGCGCAGCCGCCGAUUGACACCUCCCUGCUACCACCGCAAAUUGCGCCGGAAAAGGUGGAAGAUCAGGUGCUGACGCAGGAGCAGAGGGAGCAGGAGAGGGAGCUAGUGGACCUGCUAUCGACGGGCAGGAUCGUCAGCUGGAGGAUGGCGGGCCGCGAGCUUGGAUCCACGCCAUUCCGUCCGCUCUACGUGGUCAAUCUGGCGGCCGGCGACGGGGCUGACGGCGAGAAGACGGUGCAGGCGCUGUACCGGCCGGUGGUUGGCGGCGACGCGAGGCUGCGAUUCCAGCGCGCUCCUGCGGAAUGGGUCGCGUACAAGCUCUCCCGCGUGUUGGGGUUGGACGUGGUGCCGCCAGUGGCGGUGAGGCAGGGCGUGCAGCUGGGGUCGCGGCGGUUCGCGCAGGGCACCAUGACGCUGCUGCCGCACCUGCUGCACCCGCUCGCCUCCGUGCACCCCUCCCGCCUGCGCGCGCCCACGCAGGCGCACACGGUGAUCAGCAGCAUCCGCAUUCUCGACGCCCUCAUGGGCUCCUCCCUGCGCCGCCCCUCCGGCUUCUUCGCCGCCCAGCACUGGUCCGGGGACGGCAAGCUCUCGCCCGUAGUGCUCUCGCACCCCAUGGGCCCGUCUCUCGGCGCCGGCCUACAUGCCAUGUGGUCCAAGCGCGGCACGGGAGCGGGCGGCAGACUGAAGACGGUGGCAGGGUUUGUCCUGACUCGCCUGAGGAGAAUGAAUCGCGCGCAGCUGCUGGAGGAGAUGGGCGGCGCACUGACAGCGGGGGAGAUGGAGAGGGUGUUGGACAAGCGGGACCAGAUGGUGGGGUACUUUGAUGCACUCGCUGCUAAGAUGGGGCAUCAGGCAGUCGUCAGUCCCACCAUGCCCGUCCCACCAUGGCCUUUCCACCAUGCCCGUUCCACCAUCCCACCAUGCCCGUUCCACCAUCCUGCCAUGCCCGUUCCACCAUCCUGCCAUGCCCGUUCCACCAUCCUGCCAUGCCCGUUCCACCAUUCCUUGCCUUGCCAUCCCCCUUAUGCAAGCAUCCCUUGUGUAUUCGGUGUGUGGGCUGCUAUUCUCAACACGGUCUUCAAUGCUGCGCUGAUUGUGGAGUCAGCACAGCAGCAAGGGGUAAGGUGGGAGCGAUUGGUUGAAAUCUUGCGAAGCAGCCAGCGAUGCAUGUGGGCGGCGUCGCAGAGUACUAUCGUGCGACCCUCAACGACUGACGACUGCCGUCGCAGCUACAGCCUGCUGUGCCCUCACCUCCUCGUCCUAGCCUCCAUUCGUCCGUUUUUCCUUCAUGCUAGAAGCUUUCACAUUCCAGAACGCAUUCCAGGGGAUCGUGGCCUCGGUGACAUUGUUCACGAUAUUGCCGAAUGGACCCAUCUGGCAUGGGUCCUCCACCUGCGACGGGCCCACCUGGACUAUCUGAACCACCUGACGGACCACCUGGAGCGAGCGGCACGGCGUCACCUGGACCAGGACCAACGAGGCCACGUGGACCUCAAGAGCACAUGUCACCUGGGCCCGGACCACGUGUGCCUUCCGGACAGGGCGGGUUUGCGCCACGUGGACCUCUUGGGCAUAUGUCACCUGGCAUGCCGUUUCCACGUGGGAUGGGCUCGCCUGGGCCGCGGUUUCCCGGUCCGUCGUAUCCCCCCCGUCCGCCGCAUUCUCCUUUUUCUCCGCAACAAUCCGCGCAUGGCGCUUAUGCAAGACCCGCUCCGCCGUACGGGGGAGGCCCGCCGCAGAACCCGCACGGGGGCUUUCCGCCAGGCCCGCCCGAAGGAGUUCCGCCAGGCGGAGGGGCUCCGCCUUGGGGAGGACUCCGACAAGGAGGCUAAGGCGGGCACAGCAGCAUUAGCUGGUGCCGGCGCGGCUGCUCCCACUGCUGCUGCUGCGGAGACGACUAAGGCUGAGAAGGGCGGUGCAGGGGCGCAGGGGGGCGAGGGGAAGCAGGUCAACGGAGUCAACGGGGGGAAGGAGGGGGAGACGGGCAAAGAGGGCAAGGAGGCGGGGGAGGAUGGGGGAGGGGAGAAGGAGGGCGGUGGUGAGGCAGCACAGGGCAAGGAAGGGGAGGGGAAGGAGGGCGGGGAGAAGGGCGGUGGGGAGAAGGAGGAUGAGGAGAAGGGAAGUGCGGAGGUUCCACUGGAAGAGCUGAGUCUGGAGGAGAGGGCAAUGAAGUUCCGUGAGAUGCUCAAGGAGAAGGGAGUGGCGCCGUUUUCCAAGUGGGAGAAGGAGCUGCCCAAACUCAUCUUCGACGCACGCUACAAGGCCAUCCCAUCGCUGCCGUUGCGGCGGGCCAUAUUUGAGGAGUUUGUGCGCACGCGGGCGACGGCGGAGCGCAAGGAGAAGCGGUCGGCACACAAGGCGGCUGUGGAGGCAUUCAAAGUCCUGCUGGACGAGAUGGAGGAGAGCGGGGACCUGACACACGAGUCAACGGUGGCCUCGCUGCAGGGUGAUGCCAAAUGGGGCUCUGACCCGCGCCUCCUGGCUGCAGCGCUGGAGGAUAAGGACCGCCUCGCUCUCCUCAAUGAGCGGGUGGUGCCUUUGAAGCGGUUGGAGGAGGAGAGGCAGCAGCAGCGCAAGGAGGCGGCAGAAGAAGCGUUUGUGGAGAUGCUGAAGGAGUUCCGUGGCAAGCGCUACAUCGCCCUCUCCUCCCGCUGGUCCAAGGUGCGGGAGGAGUUGAAGGAGGAUGAGCGGUACAGUGCGGUGGAGCACUGGGAGGACCGUGAGCGGCUGUUUGACACCUUUAUGGACACACUGCAGCGCGAGGAGGAGGAGAAGGAGAGGGAGGCGCGCAGGCGGUGGGAAGAAGAGGAGCGGAAGCGCGAGCAGGAGCGAGAGGAGAAGAGGCUGCGGCAGCGCGAGGAGGAGAAGAAGGAGCGGGAGCGGGCGCGUGUGCGGCGGCGGGAGGCCAAGGAGGACUUUGAAGACCUGCUGCGCCGCGAGAUACAGACGCCCAAUAUAUCAUGGAUAGACGCGAGGGAGAAGCUGGAGGAGGACGAGGCGUCGUGCUAUUGGAACAAGGAGCUCACCAGCCGUGACCGCCAGGACCUCUUCUACGAACACAUGGCUCGCCUCAUCAAGCGCGUGCAGAGGGAGUUCCGUGAGCUACUCGAGGAGGAGCUGUCGGUGGCCGCCAUCUCCGAGGCUCGUGAGGACGGGCUGCGCCUCGCCUCCUCCUGGGCCGAUGCUAAGUCCGUGCUUCGGCACCAGGACCGGUACCGCGACCUGGUUCGGCACGAGCGGGAGGAGCUGUGGCGGGAGCAUGUGAGGAGCCUGGAGGGGGAGUUGAGGGAGGCCGGGGUGAUUGAUGGGGAGGGGAAGGAGGUUGAUGUUGCUGCUGUUAAGAGGGAUCGGCGGCGGAGGAGGAGGAGGAGGGAGAGGGAAGAGGAGGAUGAUGAGGAGGAGAAGAGAGGAGGUGGGGAGAAGGGAGAGGAUAAGGAGGAGGGGGGAGAAGGGAGGGCGUUGGGAGAGGGUGGAGGGGAGAUGGAGGGAGAGGAGGAGAGGAGGGAGGAGGGUGAGGGGAAGGCGGAUGAAGAAAAGGAGAAAGAGGGGAAAGGGGUGGGCGAGAACGAGAGGGAGGAGGCGGAGAGAGGAGAAAGAGAUGGUAUGCAUGUGGAAGAAGCAGAUAAGGAAGAGGAGGAUAAGGAGAGGGAAGAGAAGGAGAAAGAAGAGGAGAAGGUGGCGCAUGGUGUGGCGGCUGGGAGGCGAGGAGAGGAACGAGCAGAGAAUGGGGAGAGAAGCGAUGGGGGAGUUAUGAACAAUGAGGGGAGUGAGAAGGAGGAGAAGUGGGAGGAUGAAGGGAGGGAUGAGGACUGGGAGACAGGCGGGGGGAUGGCUGGGAAGUUGGGGAAGGGGACGGGAGGGAGCGGUUCCGGUAGGGAGGGAGAGCGAGGAGAGGACGAAGAGGAGGAGAAGAGCAAGAGGUCAGAGGAGAAGGAGAAGGAGAGAGGAGGGAAGAAGAGGGGUGAUGAUGGGAACGAGAAGGAAGAUGAUGAGGAGGAGGGAUCAGAUAUGGAGCACAAGCACAAGUACAAGCACAGACACAGGGAGAAGCGAGAGGAAAGGCGCGCAGAAAAGGAGAGGGAGAAAAAGGAGAGGGAGAGGGAGAGGGAGAGAGAGAAGGAGAGGAAGGAGAAGGAGAGAGAGAAAGAAAGGAAGAAGGAAAGGGAGAAGGAGAGGGAGAGGGAGAAGGAAAAAGAGAGGGAGAGGAAGAGAGAGAGGGAGAGGGAGAGGGAGAAGGAGAAGGAGAGGGAGAGGGAGAGGGAGAGGGAGAAUGAAAAAGAGAGGGAGAGGGAGAGGGAGAGAGAGAGGGAGAGGGAGAGGGAGAAGGAGAAGGAGAAGGAGAGGGAGAGGGAGAAGGAGAGGGAGAGGGAGAGGGAGAGAAGGAGAGGGAGAGGGAGAGGGAGAAGGAGAAGAGAAGAAGAGGAAUAA